UUACUGACUCAUAAAUUCUAACAAUUGAAAACUAUUUUGCAUAAAUCAAACAAAUAAGUAUGAAAAGUCCAUUUAGCAAGUUUACAAUCUAUCCAAAUGUUUGUGGAGUAUUCAGAAUCAUAAUUUUGUGAUGAUCUUUUAAGUAAAGACAAGCCAUGACGUAGAAGAAUAAUGUUGGCGUUUGUUUAUGUUGCGUUUUUGCUGGCCGCUAGGACAACAGUUGUUUAUAGCUUGAAUUUCACUUUGUCAAAGCCACGAGUUGUAUUAAGAGAUACGGGGAAACUCUUAAUGUCAUGUCAUGUUACAGAAAAUGAUGUUUCUAGCGUAUAUAACAUACAAAUACGGCGAGAAAAAAAUCCAGGGUGGGACACGUUAGCAAUUGUUGACACAAGUGAAAAUAAAUCUCCGACUUUAGGUAAAGGCAUUGUUGGUGACAGGGAUAUUGUUGUCAGAGGAAUAUUAGAUACGGAAUUCCCACACAAAACUCAUCUAACUUUAGAUAUGAACAUUUUGGAAAUGAUAUCGGAUGAUGCUGGAGUAUAUAGAUGUGAGAUGACCUAUAAAAGUAGCAUUACAGGGAAUGUAGACACCGUAGAAAGAAACGCUACGCUUUUAAUUGACGGUGCGGAAAGGAUAUCAAAUGUCUCCAAAGAAGCCGACAAUAAAGCAGAAGUACGAGCAGAUAUUUCAGACAACGCACAGCAAUGUACCGAAUGUGACGCCGGAAACUAUUCAGUGACUGUCGGUGCAAUCUUGGGUGUAACAAAUAGUUUGACAGUACUGUAUGCAGCUUAUUUAACGGCGGUUAUAAGAAGGUCACGAGAAAGGUCCUUUGAUGGAAGCUUAUGCCACGGAAAAUGUGAACCUGAACCUACUGCAACUGUUGCCAAACAGGGUCUGGCUGUUGAUCAACAAACUUACUCUGUAAGCGACGAUGAAGACACUUACGAUUUGUCAAAAUAAACCGUAGCUAAGAACGUGCUAAACGGAGGUCGUCAACAAAAUUUUCACAUAGAUAUUCAAACCUUACAUCAUUGUUUACUUUUCCUUGAUGAGCGCAAUUUUUCAGGAAUAACUUACUAUAACUAGAGCAAAAUAGAUUCAAACGUGUGGAGUAUAACUUUCAGAAGGUCUAGCCACCAGUUCAGUUUCUAUAUAAAUACAAAAGUUAAUUAUGUUUUUGUUAAAGAUGGUAUCUAGUACACCAUGAGAUGUGCAGAAAUAAAUACUUCAUAUGUGAAGACGAUGUAACAACUACCGGAAGACUGCAUUCACUGGUUAAUCAUAACACAAAUUUCAAGGAUUAUUUUUGCAAAGAUCGGAAGAUAUACUAUUGCUGAGAUCUAAAAUAAUCGAACGAAAACAUCUUAAAGGAAGGCAUAUCUUUGCACUCUGGAUAAUGUGUUUGGUGUCAAAAGAACAAAACUAGCAUCGGGUUAAGAUCCCCCGUGAACUUCUGAAACUUAAUCCAAAAUAUAUUACUACUUUAUUUGCGAUAAAACUAACUGGCGGUGAAACGUGGAAGCACCAUUUUGAUCCAAAUAGAAUGAUUAAUAUGAACAAUCAAAUAAGCACAUGAGCCUUGUAAAUAAAGAAUGAAUGAAAGAUUGAGUGUUUAAACAUUAAUUCUAAAACUUAGCUUUAAAUUCCUGAUAGAUACGGUUAAAUUUCUGUUAAAUUGUCAUAUAUCAACGAUAUCGUUAUUUAGCAAUUUUAGUUAUGGUUGGCUCGGUUUAUAUAUGAAAUUACUAUAGAAUUUUAUUUCUGCCUACGCAUAUCUUUUUGUUGUUAAUGCAGAUGUAGCUAAGUAAGCGAUGUAUAUUAUUAUUUCUGCCUACGCAUUUUAUCUUGUUAGCAUACAUUUGUAAUGUAGAUGUUUAAUAUGUAGAAAGGCGAAUUCAGGAGCAGCCGAUACUGUAUAGUAAUUGUCACUUGUUUAAACCGAUUGAACGAUUGUUUUUACUUUACUUCACAUACAUGUGUAUUGAAAUAUAUAUUUCAUAUAUUCUAUAUAUUUCUAUUCCAACGUGUCCUUGUAUGUUUCACACGUUGAAUUUUUUAAAUAUAUACUGCUCGUAAAUAAUAAGCAAAUACAUUUGAAACUCGAUAUCUCGAGCCAGCUUAUCUCAAAAUUCCGGCUAUUUUGUAGACAUUUUCAAGUCCAGUCCCGGAAACACGUGCACAAAAUAUCAUUUUAAGUCAAAUUUCGGUUAUCUCGAAGUAAUACGCUCGAUCCGAGAAAUUUCGAGAUACAUGUACCGAGUUUCAAAUGUAUGGGUUUCUUUCCUCUAGUUUUAAAAACUAAAGUAAAUUGAUUUGUUUUCACAGAAUCAUUAUCAUAUAUCAGCUUCAGGAAAGAUAUUCAAACACCUUACAAAUGGAAGUCAACAUGAUAACAUCUAUUAGGCCCAUUCAACAAUAUGUUUCAAUAAAGUACUCAUUCUGUUCAUAUCUAA